CGUAAAAGAGCGACUUGCCGGCGUAUGAUUGGAAUUUCUCCCUUCAGUGUGUGUCUUACGGUGGUGGCGGGAGGUUGGCUGUCGCUCGCUCCUUGUGAUGCUAAAUUUAAGUUCUGUACAAAACUAGACAUAAUCGCUUGUGAUAAUUUUUACCUACAACAACAAAGAUGUCAUUCCGUCUGGUUCGACAAAGCAAGUUUCGUCAUGUAUAUGGCACUUGCCUGAAGAGGGAACAGUGCUUUGAUAAUGUACGAGUUAGUAAGUCAUCAUGGGACUCUACUUUCUGUGCUGUCAACCCAAAGUUCUGCGCCAUAAUAGUAGAAUCAGGCGGAGGUGGUGCCUUCAUUGUUCUUCCACUCAACAAAAUUAACAAAGAUGGGGUUUAUGUGCCUGAUAAGAAGGGGUCCUUGGCAGGUCGCAUUCCUCCAGACCACCCGUUGGUUGGUGGGCACAAAGGACCUGUCUUGGACAUAGCAUGGGACCCCUUCAAUGACAAUGUCAUUGCCUCAGGCUCAGAAGAUUGUGUGGUCAAGGUGUGGCAGAUCCCAGACUAUGGAUUGGUCACGACAUUGACAGAGUCCGUUGUUGACCUUGUAUACCAUCAACGACGAGUGGGCAUGGUAGUGUGGCACCCAACGGCCAACAACAUCCUUCUCUCGGCUGGGUCAGACAACAUAGUAGUCAUCUGGAAUGUUGGAUGUGGGGAACCCUUGUCCACCAUUGAUGCCCACCCUGAUCUCAUAUAUUCCUGUUGUUUCAACUGGGAUGGAUCACUUCUCCUGACAACUUGUAAAGACAAGAAAAUCAGAAUAAUUAACCCAAGAGAUGGAGAAGUAUUUGAGGAAGCAACAUCUCAUGAAGGAAGCAAAGGAGCACGAGCCAUCUUCCUUCGCAACGGACUAGUUUUUACCACUGGGUUCAGCAAAAGGUCGGAGCGGCAAUACUCUCUCCGUGCCCCAGGGCACCUAGAUGACCCAAUCUCAAUGGUUGAAUUGGACUCGUCAAAUGGUGUCAUGUUCCCCAUGUAUGAUCCUGACACUAACCUUGUUUAUUUGUGUGGCAAGGGUGACAGUGUCAUUCGGUACUUUGAGAUCACUCCUGAAGUACCAUUUGUGCACUAUAUCAACACAUUUCAGCUACCAGAUCCUCAACGAGGCAUUGGCAUGAUGCCAAAGCGUGGUGUAGAUGUCACCACUUGUGAGAUAACUCGCUUUUACAGACUCAACAACAAUGGCUUCUGCCAAAUUAUCACCAUGACAGUCCCAAGAAAGUCUGAACUAUUUCAAGAGGAUCUUUACCCUGAUACACCUGGGGACAUCCCUGCAAUAUCAGCAGAGGAGUGGUGGGAAGGCCAAAACAAGGACCCAAUUGUCAUGUCUCUCAAAGAUGGUUACCAGGCAACACAAAAGGGAGAGCUGAAGGUGACCAAGAAGAAGACUAACAUCCUGGACAGGAUGCCACCUACUGGAAAGGUCAAAUCUGAGGAGGAUGGUAGAGCGACAGCCAUUUCCUCAGAGGCACUUGAGAAGGUUACAGAGGUCUCAAAAGUCAAUGAUGACCUAAGAAAAAGGAUAGAUGAAUUACAGACAGAGAUGAAGAAGUUCAAGGCUGUAUUUUUGAAGCAGGAAAACCGCAUUCGGGGGCUUGAGAACAAAUUAGCAGAGAUGACUAGCUCAGGGAGUGGCACCACCUCCACACAGCAGCAGCAGCAGGGGAUGGUGCCUGUCACUUCUUGUUACACAAUUCACUCUGUGAGGAAGCAACCCGUGCAAGGUCAUGUGGUGCAUGCCCCAUCCACUGUUACUGCCAACACGGUCAACAACAAUUGUGACAUGGCCCCAGAUGAGGUGUAGAGACAUGAGGACUAUGUCUGCUUGCACAAGAAGGUGAUGAUUUUAGAGGCUUAAGGUGGUAACUCCACAUCAGCCAGUCAUACACACUAAAAGGAAGAGUACAGUGGAUAUUUAGAGAACAUGCAAUGUGCUUCUCAUCAACUUGCAGGAUUGCAUUCUGGCUAUGUUUUAGUCAGUCCUAAAUCAGUGUAGGUAAUCUGCUACAUAUGUAGCUCCAACAUCCUAGUGAAGAGCAAGUGAAUGGAAUCAGUUGUUUAGUCAAAAGUGUGUGUGUGUGUGUGUGUGUGUGUGUGUGUGAACUCUGUAAAUAUUUGUAUUAAGAGCUAUUACAUUGUGUCCAUUGCUCACUAGUAACCAGCCAGCUGUCCAGCCAUUGCUGCUUUCCCAUAACCUGCCCUGGUUGUUACCAACCAUGCCUUUGUCUUGUGCCUGUUGCUAGUUUUUGUAUGUUCCAAAUAAUAAAUUUUCCCAUUUUUUGCCCUUGGAAUAAGAAAGAAAAAAAAUCUACUCACAAACACUUUCCACAUUGACUUUCACUUCAAAUGUCAUUAUCAUAAAAUGCAAAAAGCUGGGAGGGUAUGUCUGCUGUACAAAAUAUCUGUACAAAGGUGUACAAUUGUAUUAAUAUAAAUUCCUAUAUGUAGAGGAAUAGGUGUAUGAGUGAGGACAAAAUUUUAAGUAGAUGCAGGAGUUAGCCUUAGUUUUCUUAGUUGUAAAAUAUGUUUGGUAAUGUUAAUAGAAUUGCAUGGCUCUGUGGGUAGCCGUUUUAAUAAUUAUAAUUUUGUCUUAAUAUUUUUUAUAAUGAUAUUUCUGCUCAGUGUAGUUCCUAUGCAGAGUGACUGCUUAUUAACUCCCACUAGUGAGGUUGAUCAUAGCUUUACAAGUCACUGGUAGGUUUAUUAGCCCCUCCAGGCCAGACUGAUCUGAUGCCUCACGGCCUGGGCCCAGAGGGGCUUUGCUGGUAGUCCUCACUUCAUUUGAUUUUGAUGGUAAUUUCUAGAACUCUGAAAAAGAAAAGGAUCUGAAGUCAAGGAUACAUUGAUGGAGAAUUGUUAUAAUGCCUUCAUAUAUGAGGGAUUACAAUAGAUAAAAGUGAGUAUGCAAGAGGACAUCCAGUGUAAAAUAUUACUCUAGUCUGUUCAAACCAACUGUUCCUCUGAUGCCUAAGCACCUGAUUGGUUCUCCAUUACAUAUUUUUAUAUUAUUUACCUUUACUCACCUCUUAGUGAUUGUAGAUCUGAAUUAUGCUUGUCAACUUGGUAAAACAAAAAGGAAAGAAAUAAUGAUGAGUAUAAGUUAAAGAAUGGGUUUGGAAUCUUUACAACACUUUUACAUGUAAAUGGUAUUUACAGCAAUAUUGAGUCAGUGCUUAUAUAAACCAUUUCAUACUACAAAGAGUCGUGAACAUGACAUAUACUUACAGCCACAAUAUAGACACAACAUGAUAUAAGUGAAAAUUAGUCACUUCCUACUUCGGAGCCUACCCGGGUAAUCCAUGAAACAAACGCUUGCUUCAUCAUAUAAAAUCUGUACAUUUUUUAUUAGUACAAAAAUGAGUGGAAAUUAAGGAAACCAUGUGAGGAAUGAAAAAUGAGAAAGCUGAGGUCAGUAGUAAGCAAGCAUUGGUUUAAUGUGUACACAACAUAGUAGGCUAUAUGAAGGGCACGCACCCCCACCAACUUUCAUUUCACUUUUAUCACAUUUUAUCUACAGUCAUGUUUACAAGUCUCCAUUAUAUGAAAUGGUUUAUAUCAGUAUUAACUCAAUAUUUGCUACAAACAUCAUUUACAGUAAAAUGAUAACUAUCCAGCAACUAUGGGAAUCGAGGGGUGCUGGAUAAAUAGAAAUUCUAGAUAUUUAGGGUAUAUUCUGAAAGAUUCUCAGGUAAUUCCGUUCAACCAAACAUGUUUACAUAGUUACUAUACACUCAGAAAUGCAUCUCCUGACUACAGCUAUGUAAGUAUGUAUGUACUUACUGAGGCACUGAGGGGAUGUGAUACCACCAGACCAUCACCUAAAUAUUGACAUACAAUGGGACCACAUGAGUUAACUAAAUGGAAGCGACGGAACAGCAGUCCUUCCUCAACACGCUCCGCCCCCAAUCAGCUGAUUCUUCUCUCUCUCUCUCUCUCUCUCUCUCUCUCUCUCUCUCUCUCUCUCUCUCUCUCUCUCUCCUCAGGGCACCACUGAUGCAUAUGUAAUAAUAUAAUAGAGCCUCGUAGCCUCCUAACAAACUGCAGUAGCUUGUAACAUAACCACUCAGCCAUGCCUCUACAAUGGGCCAAAAAAGGCCUUUACCAAACCUUGACACGACCAAAUGCACUGUCAGGUUUCGGUAAAAGUAUUUUGGGCCUGUUGUGGAGUAGUAGGAUGAGUGGUGAUGUUAUAGGCUACUGCAGUUAGGAGGCUAUAAGGCCCUCUAUUAUUACAUAUGGCUUGGUGGUGUCCUAAGGAGAGAGAGAGAGAGACCUGUUCUUUAACUUAAACACAUUAUUAUUUAUGUACUUUUGGUUUUACCGAGUUGUAACGAGCAUAAUUAGGUUUUAUGAUCACUGUUGCGUCUAAUAGUGUUGAGUAAAAUUGUUUAUCUUGCAUAAAAGUUCACCAAAGGUAAAUAAUACAAAAGCAUGUAACACCAAGAGCAUGUGUGUUGGACCAUCACUUCUGUGAGACCGAGAGUGAAGGCCAGCCAAUCAGGUGCGCUGUUACAAAUGCUGCUUAAGUGCCAGAGAAACAAUUGGUUUGAACAGACUGUAGCUGAAAGGGGCCCACCAUGAGCCCAUGCUGCUGUUCUGGUGGAUUGGGAAUUCAGACUUAGAUCUCAUAUUGUCUUAGAUUGCAGUUCACAAUGUUUCUUCCACCUGGUAUUAAUUAUUUUGUCCAUGAUUAUUUGGUGAUUAAAGAAAGUUGAUUUAAUACUUAUUACAUUGAAACAUUUUUCAUAAUAUAAGUGGACUGCAUAACACAAAGGCAUUGACAUGCAGAUUUUUUAAAAGUUGUGGAUGUGGUAUGAUAGGUCUGUAUUAAAUAAAAAGUAAUAUAUUAAUAUUCAUUAAUAAGAAGAGAAAUGAACAGCCUGUGUGGUCAACAGGGGUGAUAUGGGUGAAUGCUUCAGCCAACACUCAAAUUUUGUAAGUGGUUAGUAAAUGGUUAAGCCAUGUUUGUUGCUCUGUUAUGCUGGCUACAUUUUUAUAAUAAUUCAGCUGCAGUAGCCAUGAGACCAGAACCUGUAAGGGAAUUAUUUAUUAAAUAUCAAUAUUACUGUUACAAGUUGUAAAUUUGCUGUCAUUUAUUUAUUUAUUUCAAAGGGAAUUUAGAGGAUUACUGUAAUAUACUUUUUUUUGUGUUCCUAUGGUGGUGCUCAAAAAUUAUUGGCAUUUUUCAGUAGUUUUGGACCAAUGAUAAUUAAAAAAAAAUCCUGUUGCAGAAGUACUUGGAAGUAUUUUUACAUUAUUUUUUUACUUCUACAUUUCUGUGUGUUGAAGUUACCAUAGCAAAUAUUUAUUUGGAGGGAUGUUAGAUUAAUUUUGUAAGACAUGAUGCAGUUCAUCUUUUAAAUUAAAGAUAAGUAAGCUCUAGGUAGGAGAACCCUUGUUUUGAAGCCAAAGCCUUUGUGUAGUAGCUCUGAUGGCUACUUACCUGUGCUAUAUUCACAAUGUCUUUUGUUUUAUCAUCUAUACAGAGUAUGCAGUAAUUCCUACUUAAUUAUAUGCUUUAAUGUUGACAGAUUCAUUGGUCAUAUGUAAAGUAUUGCAUUGCUCCUUAGAUGAUAACAUUCUUGAUGUCAGUAAUUUUAUUAUUGUUGUGUUCACUGAGGAGUGGGGUAACUUGUAGGUCUGGGAAGCCUUUUAAUACUAUUUAAAAAUCAUCUUUAAGAAAAUGUUGUUAGGUACUGCAAUCAGUUUUUUACAUGAGCCUGUGUACUUGAAGAAUUUUAUCAUGGUUUUAUAAGAACAUUUCUAAAUGUGUUGCAGUAAAUAUGAAUGGUGCUUUAUUUGAAUUAAGAAUUUGUUAUUAUUCAAGCAAGGAUGUACUGAAUAUGAUAUUAAGCUUUGGUAAGUAGCCAUUGAUUUCUACCAUAAAACUGUUCCUCCAAAAACCUAGGCCUGAAAACAAAAUGGUUUAACCAGAACACUUGUGCCUUAUCCUGCAGAGUGUGUUUUAAUGCUCUGCAUUACCCCACCCCUUCUCAUUAGCCACAUAACAUUUAGGGAGUUUUAUGUGCCAUUAUGAUACUAUUACUUUGAACAUAAGCCAGAUGACUCUGGAGUAUUUUCACUGGUAUGGAUGCUUGAGGUAAUAAUAAAAUGUAUCAGUCA